AUGCCUGGAUAUGAAGGACCCUUCUGUGAAGUUGAAAUUAAUGAAUGUUCAAGUUCACCUUGCAAAAACGGAGCUACCUGUGUGAAUUUAAUUGAUCACUUUUCAUGUCAUUGUGCUGAAGGGUUCAAAGGAGAAACAUGUUCUGUUCACGUGAAUGAGUGUCUAGACGGACACUGUUGGAAUGGAGGAACCUGUGAAGAGGACAUAAAUGGAUUCAAAUGCAAUUGCCCCCUUGGAUUUGAAGGUCUUAACUGUGAAAUGAAUGUUGAUGAGUGCACUUAUGGCUUCUGUAAAAACAAUUCAACUUGUUUGGACCUGAUUGCAGACUACAGUUGUGUUUGUUCUCCAGGAUUCACUGACAAAAACUGCUCCACGGAUAUUGAUGAAUGUGCCUUCAAGCCCUGCAAAAAUGGAGGCCAUUGCCGGGAUUUGAUUGGUGAAUUUUACUGUAGCUGUUUGCCAGGUUUUACUGGUCAGUUUUGUGAAGCAAAUAUUACUGCCUGCUUGUCACAACCAUGUGGAGCCUCCAGCAUCUGUAAAGACAUAUUUGAUGGCUAUCUUUGUUUCUGUGCACCUGGUUUUAUAGGUAAUAACUGUGAGAUUGAGGUGGAUGAGUGUCUUAGUGAUCCCUGUCACAGUGGAGCCACUUGUGUUGAUCAUCUGAAUGCCUUCAGUUGUGUCUGUCAGGAUGGAUUUCAAGGCACAACCUGUGAAACAAAUAUAAAUGAAUGUCACUCUUCUCCAUGUCUUCAUAAUGCAACAUGUGAAGACCUUAUUGGUGGCUAUGAAUGUAUCUGUCUACCGGGCUUUACUGGUGCAAGAUGCGAAACAGAUAGAGAUGAGUGUGCUUCAUUUCCCUGCAAGAAUGGAGCCACCUGCAUUGACCAACCUGGUAAUUACUUCUGCCAAUGUGUGGCUCCAUUUAAAGGUUCAAACUGUGAGUUUAGGCCUUGUGAGGCCAGUAAUCCCUGUGAGAAUGGAGCUGUGUGCAUAGAAGAAAUGAAUUUGGAUGUUUUUCCCCUUGGAUUCCAGUGCCAGUGUGUGAAGGGCUUUGCAGGUCCACGCUGUGAGAUCAAUGUCAAUGAGUGCAGUUCUAACCCUUGCCUCCACGGAUACUGCUAUGACAUUGUCGAUGGCUUCUAUUGUUUGUGCAAUCCAGGAUAUGCAGGACUGAAAUGUGAGCAGGACAUUGAUGACUGCAUAAUCAACGCUUGUGAACACAAUUCUACGUGUGUUGAUCUGCAUUUGAGAUACCAGUGUGUUUGUCUGCCUGGAUGGGAAGGAACAUUUUGUGAAUAUGAAUCAAAUGAAUGUAAUUCAGAGCCUUGCAGAAACAACGGCACCUGCACAGAUCUUUUCAACAGCUAUCAGUGCUCAUGUACAGCAGGGUGGACAGGGCCAGACUGCAGUGUAGAUAUAAAUGAAUGUGAUUCUGAACCAUGCUUGAAUGGAGCCACCUGCUAUGAAUCUGUUAAGCAGGGACAGUUUGUAUGCAUUUGUCCUCCAUUUUAUACUGGUGACUUUUGCCAUCAGCGCUUCAGUCCCUGUGAGCUGCCUUACAAUCCUUGCAUAAACAACUCAACGUGCUUGGCACAAGUCAAUGGAAAUCCAUUGUGCAUUUGCAAAACAGGAUUUGAAGGUACUUACUGUGAAGUUAACAGUGAUGAGUGCAUCUCCCAUCCCUGCCAGAAUGAAGGUCUCUGUGUGGACGGGGUUAACAGUUACAGGUGCUCCUGCCAGCAUGGCUUCACUGGGACACUUUGUGAGGUGGAGAUUAAUGAAUGCUUAUCAGAACCUUGCAAAAACAAUGGAACUUGCCUUGAUCUCAUUAACAGAUUCCUCUGUAAUUGUGCACCUGGAUACUAUGGGUCUCUGUGUGAGAUGGAUGUAAAUGAGUGUGAAACUUUGCCUUGUUUGCACGGAGGAAGCUGCAUCAACAGGCUUGGAGGCUAUCAGUGUUACUGUUCUCCUGGAUUCACAGGUGAUAGAUGUGAAGCAAAUAUAGAUGAAUGUAUUUCUGCUCCUUGCCUAAACAAUGGAAGUUGCAUCGAUGACAUCAGUUCCUAUACAUGUCACUGUAGGAGAGGUUUCAUUGGAACAAACUGCGAGAUAAAUGUUAAUGAAUGCUUGCCAGAUCCUUGUCUUCAUGGAAGAUGUAUAGAUCUCAUUGAUGGAUAUCAAUGCUCUUGUGAAGCAGGAUGGACCAGCACAAGAUGUGAGAUAAAUAUUAAUGAAUGUGAAUCUGUUCCCUGCAUUAAUGGAGGUUCUUGUCAAGAUUUGGUUAAUGCAUUUGUUUGUAUUUGCCUGAGUGGAUACACUGGCAAGUUCUGUGAAGUUGAUAUUGAUGUCUGCAGUGAACCUACGCUGAGCUCAGUUCUGUGUUACAACGGAGGUGUAUGUGCUGAUGGUCCUGGAAGAACUUUUCGCUGCAGGUGUCUUGCUGGAUUUUCUGGACAGUUUUGUGAAAUAGAAGUUAAUGAGUGUAAUUCAUCACCUUGUCUACAUGGUUCAACCUGUGAAGAUCAUGUCAAUGGAUACACUUGUAAAUGUCAACAAGGAUGGGAAGGUCUGCAUUGUGAGUUAGAUGUUGAUGAGUGCAUAUCCAACCCCUGCAUACACGGCAUCUGUGUUCAGAGAGACCCCGGUUUUGGUUAUUCCUGUUUUUGCAAGCCAGGAUUUGUGGGACGAAGCUGUGAGCUUAAUUACAAUGAUUGCCUUAUACAAUCCUGCUCCACUGGGUUUCUUUGCGUUGAUGGAAUAAACAAUAUCACCUGUUUACCUACUAUCCCCCAAAGCAAGAAAACUGAAAUGGCUGAAGUGUUUCCUACUGAGAUUUUAGAUAAUGACCGUCCAACAGCCCUAGCUGUGUCUGUGGAACUUUCGUCUAAACAUGUUACCCCUGAUUUUCAUGCAGAAGAGAUGUCCCAAGAUUUUAGUUAUGCUCGCUAUUACGGUGAUUCUUACCUGGAAUUUCAAGGCUUGCAUUUCAACAUACUAAACUUCAUCCACUUGGAAUUUAAGACCCAUGAUCCUCAUGGACUCCUCCUGUAUAUUGAUCAGAGCCCAGAAACAAUAGGACGGUUUUUAAUUCAGCUUUUCAUCAGACAUGGCACCUUACAGUACCAGUUUCUAUGUAAUGAAGCAGCAGAAGUCAAAAACAUCACAACUACAGAUAGAGUGGAUGAUGGACACUGGUAUAAAGUGCAAAUUAGGCAAGGCAUGGUGCCAUGUGAAGCAGAAAUGUCAGUCCUGGAGAUAUCUGCAAAGACAAGAAUGCCUAGCAAUUUCUGGUCCAGUUCGUAUCAGCUUGAAACAGGAUCCGUAUUCUUCGGUGGUUUGCCUCAUCCUUAUGCAAUAAAACAGAUACCUGGACCUGUCUACAAUUUCACUGGCUGUAUACAAGUCAUAGAAAUCAAUAAUGUGGGACCUUUCAACAUCUCUAAUGCUGUGCGAAGAAAUAAUAUUGACAGUUGCAGGACUCCUGUACCUACACAUCUGCCAACAGCAUUCCCUGUGGUUUCUUACGAUAUGCCAGAAUUGCCUGAGCCUGUUGUGCCCUCUCCACAUUCCCCCGAAUUGCCAUCUGUGUGCCAGGAGGGUCUGUGCCGCAGCGGAGGGACCUGUCAUCCCAUCUCUCUGCCUACUGGGGCCACCUCAUUUCAGUGUGACUGCCCACUGCACUUCACUGGUCGGUUCUGCGAAAAAGACACAACCCUGUUUUUUCCAUCUUUCACUGGAAAUUCUUAUUUGGAACUUCCUUCUCUAACAUCUGUAUCUGAGAUCAGGACUGCAUCUGGGCAGGAAGCAAGCAAUCUGACGACUCUGUACUUGACAGUGAAGACAACUGCUCUAAGUGGCACUAUUCUUUACACUAGUGAAAAGAAUUCUGGGGAGCAAUUUCUUCACUUGUAUCUUGUGGAAGGGAGACCAGCAGUUCGAUUCAGCUGUGGAAACUCUCAGAACAUUCUGACUGUAUCUCUCAAUCAAUCCAUUAGCAAGGGUAUACUCAUCCCUAUCACAAUAAGCUAUAUGUUGCCUGUUAGCAGUCCUGAAGGGUACUGCAUGAUUGAAAUGGCUGCAGAUGGAAAUCCUCCUGUACAACACAGACUCUCGCUCUCAUAUCAAGCAUCUCAGAUCACCUUUGGAUCAAUCUUUCUUGGAAAUGUUCCUGUUCAUGAAAAGGUUCCUCGAUGUGUUGGGCAAAUACGUGGCUAUAAAGGAUGUAUUAGGGAUUUUCAAGUUAACAACAAAGAAUUGUUCAUCAUAGAUGAGGCUCUUGGAGGGAGGAAUGUUGAGAACUGUAAUGUUCCAAUAUGUGAAUAUCAUCCAUGUCACAAUGGUGGGACCUGCACUAGUGAUGCAGAAAAUUGGUUUUGUGAAUGCCCUAAACUCUACUCUGGAAAACUCUGCCAGUUCAUGACUUGUGACGAAAAUCCAUGUGGAAACGGUGCUACAUGUUUUCCGAAGUCCAGGCAAGAUGCUGUUUGCCUUUGUCCAUAUGGAAGAUCUGGCAUCCUCUGCAGUGAUGUUAUCAGUAUUAGCCAGCCCAGUUUCAGUGGCACAGAUGCUUUUGGCUAUACUUCAUUCCUAGCUUAUUCUACUAUCCCAAAUAUCACCUUCUACUAUGAAUUCCACUUGAAAUUUCAGUUGAUAAAUCACCAGUCAGCUUUACAAGAUAACCUGAUAUUUUUCACUGGACAAAAGGGCCAAGGUCUGAAUGGAGAUGAUUUUUUGGUCUUAGGCCUCCGUGAUGGCAGAGUAGUAUAUAGCUACAAUCUAGGUUCUGGCACAGCAACAAUCAUUAGUAAACCACUUGAUCUGACACUCAAAAUUCAUGUCAUCCAUCUUGGCAGAUACCUCCAGAAAGGCUGGCUGAAGGUGGAUGAUCAGAAGAAUAAAACUGUCACUUCUCCUGGAAGACUAGUUGGACUCAAUGUCUUCAGUCAGUUUUAUUUAGGAGGCUAUCAUGAGUAUACUCCAGAACUCCUACCAAAGGGAUCCAGAUUUAAGAACAGCUUUCAAGGUUGCAUUUUUGAUGUUCAAGUUCGCACCAACAUGAAUCAGGAGUUUAAAUCACCAGGGAUUCCAGAAGGUCACCCCAAUUCAGGUCGCAGUGUUGGACAAUGUAAAGAUUCCCCAUGCAGUUUAAUAAAAUGCAGAAAUGGUGGCAAGUGUGUGGAAAGUGGCUCUACUGUUUACUGUGACUGCCUCACUGGAUGGAAAGGUGCAUUUUGCACAGAAAUGGUGUCAGUAUGUGAUCCAGAGCAUGAUCCUCCACAUCUGUGUAAGCAAGGCGGUACCUGUGUGCCACUACCUGAUGGCUACACGUGUCACUGUGCUCUCGGAACAACCGGUACCUACUGCGAACAAGCUAUUUCCAUUAGUGAUCCUUCUUUCAGAAGUAACGAAUCAUCGUGGAUGUCAUUUGCACCCUUUUAUAUCCGACAUAAGACCCAUAUCAAACUCCAGUUUCAGCCUCUAUCUCCAGAUGGUAUCCUGUUUUACACUGCACAGCAUUUGGGUACUCAAUCAGGUGACUUCCUAUGUAUAUCAUUAGUAAAUGGAUUUAUACAGCUACGCUACAAUCUAGGAGACAAGACAAUUAUCCUACAGGCUCUUCAGAAGAUCCAAGCAGAUGGAAAAACAUGGCAUUUGCUCAAAGCAGGAAGAGUUGGUACCGAAGGCUACCUGGAACUGGAUGGUACCAACAUCACUCAGAAAGGCAGUGCUGGAAUGAAGGCGCUAGACGUAAACACGGAUUUUUACGUUGGAGGGGUGUCCUCUCUAAGUCUUGUCAACUCAAUGGCAGUAGAAGAUGAACCCACAGGUUUCAGUGGUUGUAUAAGAGAAAUUAUUAUAAAUGACAGAGAACUGAAGCUUACAGCAACAGACCCCAACGGCGGAGCCAACAUUGGUGACUGUGAUGGAACAGCUUGCGGGUAUUCAGUGUGCAAAAAUAAUGGAACGUGCCAGGUUGAAAGCUCAGGCUUUUCUUGUUCUUGCCCCCAAGGGUGGAUAGGGAACACCUGUGAAGAAUCUGUUCACUGUUCAGAGAACAGGUGUGGGUCUCGAGCUCUCUGUAUUCCUCAGCCUACUUUGUUCUCGUAUACCUGUGCGUGUGCGCUAGGCUGGUCAGGUAAGCACUGCGACAGUAAAAUCAAUUUUUUUACAGCAAAGUUUGUUGGUAACUCCUACAUCAAAUACGUAGACCCUCUUUAUAGAAAACGAGACCUCCAGUAUACCCGCAUUUCUUUAAAUUUUACUACCAAUCAAACCGAAGCCUUAAUAGUAUGGAUGGGAAAAGCUGAAGAUGAAGACAAUGAUUUCCUUGCCAUUGGUCUCGCCAAUGGAACAUUAAAAGUUGUCAUUAAUCUUGGUGAAAGAAUCUCUGUUCCUCUAAUUCACAGCAAAGACUCCACUUGUUGUGAUGAAAGAUGGCAUUUUGUUACUGUAAUUCAAAACCAAACUUGUAUUAAGGUGUAUCUUGACGAGGAACUAAUUAUUUUUGAAGAUAUUGAUCCAGACAGAAAAUACACUGCUUUAAAUUAUGGUGGCAUUUGUUAUUUUGGUGGGUUUGAAAUUGGCAGAAACAUCCAUACAGUCACUACAGGGCUUUUUCAGAAGGAAUUCAGUGGUAAAAUUAAAGAUAUUGCACUCUUCCAGGAUUCCAAAAAGGUUCAGCUAAUGAAAGCAGAAGGUUAUAAUGUCCAUAAUGGAGAUCAUAGAAAUUAA